AUGGCUUCAAGUAAUAUUGAAAACAGUACACAUUCAAAUAAUAAACGUUACAGUUUAUCAGAAAAACAACUCUUACUUGUUUGGCUUGAUCUGAAUGCUAAUACGGAGGCAAAUAUGGAAAUACAACGGAAUUUAUUACGGAAUUUAUCUAAUAUAACACUAAAAGUGUUUGAAAAACAACGUCAAUGUGAACUGUUUAUGGAAGAGAAAUAUAAUGAGAGUAUCAUAUUAAUAACGUCUGGAAGCCUUGGUCGUGAAAUGAUUCCUCGUUUACAUGGCUUGAAACAAUUACAUGAAGCCUACAUCUUUUGUUAUGAUCGAAGUGCAAAUGAGAAAUGGGCAAAAGAUUAUUCAAAGAUACAACGCGUUGUUACAACACCAGAUGAACUUCUUCAACACUUAAGUACUUCUGUUUCUAAUUAUCAUGGAACUAAACCAAGAAAGUAAGUUCAUAUUUAUAAAAGAAUAUCUUAACAAUAAUUGUUUAAGAGAUUCCUCCUAACUGCAAAAGUGCGUGAUGAGAAAAGGAUUGGCAUAUGCGAAUUAUGGUUUAGUCUAUCGAUGUGUUUAUAAAAGUGUAGAAAGAGUUCUUCUAUCUCGACUUUUCGUCAAGCUGGUAUGCCGCUCUUAGUUAUAUUUCUAAAAGAAUGCAAUUCUGAUCAAAUGUAAGUGUUGAGCGUCCUUGUAAAUCACUUACGUGUAAAGAAAUACCCUGCGAAACUGAAACUUGGUUAUUUCUCUAAACGACAACUAAUAAAACUUAAUGGAAUCCGGCCUACCAUUUCUAGCAUUAUACACUACACGGCGACAAAAAGUCCGUGUUAUAAAGCAUGAAAUUAAAAGUUAUAGCAAAAACGUUCAAAAAGUUGUAUAGUAGAAAAAUUGACGAGAGAAAGUAUGAGUUUCAAGUUGUAAAGAAAAAUUGUAAAAUAAAAUACACGACUUUGAACAAGCAGCCGUGCGGAAAACGUGGGGACUGAUAUGUAUAGAAGAAAAAUGAGAAAAAAAAUCGUGCAUAGAACUCAUUCAUCCUUUUGCUGUCCAUCAUAGACGACAGCAGUUUAAACACAAAUUCAGAAGUUUUCUGCAAUCGUUUCUCUCUACCUUUGAUAAAUAGGUAGACUUAACAAAAAUAUAGUCAUCCUGAUGGUCAGUUUCGUGAUCUAUGACACGUCUGUAGCGACGGUAUAGUUCAACUGAUCGAAAACAUUUUGCGAGUUACGUAUUCUGUUUAGAAAGACUAGAGACUAAGUACGUGUGUAACCAUUUUCCAUCACAAUAUUUACAGUAUUGCGAAAAAUGAAACAAUCAGAUGAACAUUGCCUAUUACUAUUCAUUUCUUGUACUUCUGAAAAGCUCAGACAAGAGAAAGAUCACGUGCAUUAUGAGAGAGGUUGAAAAAGUUUUUCUAUUGUUUAAGAACUGUACUUUUUGUCAAUAAUCUCUCUGUCUCUUCCUCAGCUUCUUACUUCUUUUUAUUACCAUCAAAUUUACUUAAUAUGCACUGAUCAAUAGCUUGAACGAGAAGCACAUUGACACAUUGAUCAUACUCAGUUUCUCAUACGCUUCCACUCACGGUGUCAGAACUUGUAUUAAGUCAUCCGUCAAAGAAAAGACGGAGUGGUCCUAUGAUUUUUCACAAUGAAAAAAAUUCGUUAGUUUCAUUUUAAAAACUUUUCUUCAAGAAAAACGCAGGCUAACAGAAUGUCAAUGACAGGAUUAGAAAAAGCGCACUCUAAUCCAUAUAUACACAUUAUGAGAGAGGUUGAACAAUCGACUUUUUUUGCGCCAGACGGAUCGAGCUGAAAUUUUGGGAAAUGAAUCGUGACUAUUACUUAUUCAUUUUCUGAAAGGUUUAUCUUUACACAUAUAAUGGUUUCAAAGAUAAUUACUUUUAUAGUUGGCGCUAAGUGAGUAGCAGUUAUUCUCGUUGAACGUAGCACUUUUGAACUGGAGCAAUUUUUUUGAAGAGAACGCAGUGUCUUGAACUUAAUUUCAAUUACAUGGCUAAAAAGCACAGCUUAUUUCCAGCUUCUUGCCGCUAACCGCAGCUCUAUAAAUCAAAUCGUUAUUGAGAUAGUCAGUUGUUAAAAGAGAUUGACGUUUUUUUUGCGAUGAAUCAGGAUCAAUUACUUGCUGUUGCUGAGGUUGUUAUUUUUUAAUGAUUCAACUUGAAUUCAAGAAAAUUUCAGUAGAAAUAUCAGGCUACAAAACAAUGCAGCUCCGACUUCUAGGAGUCAUAACCAAGCUACAGGUGUCGCUUCUGUGCGUAACCAGCACGUUAAGUCUCAUACGUUUAUGGUACAUACUACCAGACUUGUUCUACAAAAUAGUGGAAAAACAAAUUUGGCUUUAGAUAAGGAACGAGAGAUGUUUUACGAUUUUUCCACUGUGACGGUACUAAAAUGAAAACAUUAUAGCGCUAUAGAGUUUUCAUCUUAGUAUAGAAUCGUAUUUUCUGAAACAACCGUCUUUUGCAAUUUCCUUUACUUAGACAACAAAACAAGAUUGCCGUAGUAAUCAACAUUUCGAUAGCCUAUGUACCAUGCGUUUUUGAGGUUUCAAGAGCUCAGGUUUGGUCAGGAGGUAGAUCCUCGGAGAUUAUCUGUAGUGUCCGAAUUAUGAUAGAUGAAAGUGUGAGGCUUGCGCCAGGUUGUACAGUGACAUCUGCUCUAUACCCACAUGUAUUUAGAGCAAUAUCUCGCUAUGUAGAUUUUUGGAGUGAGUAUGCAAGAGAAGAAUUAUUUUUUGAUUUUCCAACAACCUGUUGUGCAUUUCCAUUUGCAAGGCAAGUAUCAGUUAUUAAGAUUGAUAAAAUAUUGGAACGAUCGGAUAAGGGAAAGAGAGGUGAUACUGUUUUCGACAAUGCCACGCUUGAGUGGUAAAAUAACCGAUCAUAACAUUUGCUAUGUACGUUUGUGUUGAUUAACGGUUGCUCAAGUUCUCGGUGAUGUAACUCAAAGUAACCACGCU